GUGUGACUCUUGGGGAUGGGCUAGGAGUUGGACUCAGUGAUCCUUGUGGGUCCCUUCCAAGUCAGAAUAUUCUAUGAUUCUAAGCAUAUCGAUAUGCUGGAGAGGCGCUGGAGAGGGUUGAUCCCUCACAUCAGGAAGGGGCCCAGUGAAGAGGUCAAUCCCAUCGGUGAGGGAAGAUGGUGGGAAGGGUUUCUUGCCCUACCCUAACACGCACACAGCGUGAUAAGUGCUUUCCCACCCACACAGAGGUGUUGGAGGGCGUCUGAAGGGUGUGUAGUCACCUGCACUGGGAUGCAGGAGCAGGCCCGGGGUGUGUGUGCAUGCAGGCAGUGUAGAACUGAUGGCUCCAUGGGUAAAGAAGGGUGGCGGGAACACACAUGCUGGUGCAUGGAGUUUGGGGCAGAAUAUCCUGGGUGCUUGCCACAUGGCAAAGCGAAUGGGAAGAUGAAAUGACCCCAAACACACAGGCAUAUGCAGAGUGUAGAGGCUGUGGGAGUGUUGCAGGCUCUUUGAUUUUGAAAAACGUCAGUUCAGAGGUGCAGAUGUAGAAUAUACACAUGGUGUAUUUUUUUUAUGAAACACUGAUGAAGGCGUUAUCUAGUGCACUUCAGACUACUAACAGAAACAGUAGCUUCCUUGGUCGCUUCAAAGACUGGCCCAGAAUUUCCCGGUCUCAGAAAGUCGUUGAACCUCUAAUAGUCUAAAAGCCUUAGGAUGGAAUAUGGAAGAGCAGUAAACCAAAGGUGUAGAGAGAUUAAUUAUUUCCAGUAGUCCUUCAUGGAUCACUGUUUUAUUUAUUUUCCUUUCUGCUAAAGAUUGUUAGCACCCGCAAGGUGGAAGAGGUAGAUCUUGGAAGAGGAAGAUCCCCAGACUAGAGAAUGCUGUGUAGAUAAAACUCAGUAUAUCAUCAAACACCUGGAAAUUCAGAGGCACCUGUAGUGAUUAAUUAUUUCAAGUAAUUUUGGUGAACAGUUCUGAAAAUAGAUUAUUUGCCUGCAGAAGCUGUUAAUAAAUUCUAAAAUAUAGUGGCAACAAAAUUAUGUAGCUUUGACAUUACAGCUCUGCUUGAAGGAAUUUACUAUUAAUGGCUGAAGUGACCUCGCCAUUACUUGUUGGCAGUAAAUGCUAUCUGAAAAUACAGAAUUAUUUUUGCAUUAGGUUCAAAGUAGGUCAGAGCCAGGAUAGAAUUAUACGUCUUAUUGGACUGUGAUGUAGCCAUACAUCACAUGUUCCUUUAGAAAAUGUCCAGCUUAACCUGAAAAGCGGUAGAUUAGUUUAAUUAGUGGUAAAUCAAUAGAGUUAACACUUAUAUUGCAUUGUUACCUCCCUUUUGCUAGGGUAAAUAUUGUGGUUCUUCAGGUAACCAGGUGUUUAAAGUGAACAGCAAUAGAAAAACUGCACCAAGGGCAGUGCAUGGCUUACUUGGCAGCUUUUUGAAACUAUUGUGGUACAGAGUUAUAAGGCUGUACUAAAAAUAAUUCUGCUUUGGGGCAUACUGAAACUGUAAUUUAGCAGAAGUUGAAAUGCACAAAUACUAGGAAUUGCUUUUGAUUCUAGUCAAUUCAUAUGUAUUUGAAGUGUCUUCACAUCUACCUCCAAAAUUAUUUCAAGGGACCUUUAUUGCAGCCAGUACCAACUGCAGUUGAAUGUGAUCUGUGUGGCUGGAAAGAUGUGUGGUCUAGUGAUUCAGUUCUGUUGCAUCUCUUAUGAUGCAACAUGAGAUAUACUUUUUUUUACGACUUAAUAGACUCACUGUUUUAGGAGAUGGUAUUUUCUGGGUUUAGAUUCAAGGAUUCUAGAAUUUUAAGCAAUGCUUCAAGAUAAAGGAGGACAGAAAUUUUUCUGCUUCUUAAAAGCCUUCAUUGCAUAAAUGAAAAGGUAACUGCUUUGUCAGAAGGGACAUGAUGGUCCUAGCUCAGGCAGGAAGUGUACUUCAAGAACCUUUCAAAACAGAAGCAAAAGGAAGUCAUGGAGAAGAAUGGAAACAACCACAAACUUCGUGUUUGUGUUGCUACUUGCAACCGUGCUGAUUAUUCAAAAUUAGCUCCCAUUAUGUUUGGUAUUAAGGCAGAACCACAGUUUUUUGAGCUUGAUGUCGUGGUGCUUGGUUCCCACCUGAUUGAUGAUUAUGGUAAUACCUAUCGUAUGAUUGAACAAGAUGACUUCGAUAUCCAUACAAGAUUACACACCAUUGUGAGAGGGGAGGAUGAGGCAGCUAUGGUGGAGUCAGUGGGCCUUGCAUUAGUCAAGUUACCAGAUGUCCUCAACCGCCUGAAACCUGACAUAAUGAUAGUUCACGGGGACAGAUUCGACGCCCUGGCCCUGGCCACGUCUGCAGCCCUGAUGAACAUUCGCAUUCUCCACAUUGAGGGUGGGGAAGUCAGUGGGACCAUCGAUGACUCCAUCAGACAUGCCAUAACCAAGCUGGCCCAUUACCACGUGUGCUGCACGAGGAGUGCAGAGCAGCAUUUGAUAGCCAUGUGUGAAGACCACGACCGCAUCCUUUUGGCAGGCUGUCCCUCAUAUGACAAGCUUCUCUCUGCCAAAAACAAGGACUACAUGAGUAUUAUACGCGUGUGGCUUGGUGAAGAUGUCAAAACUAGAGAUUAUAUAGUUGCUCUGCAACAUCCUGUAACCACAGAUAUUAAACAUUCCAUAAAGAUGUUUGAGCUGACACUAGAUGCACUCAUCUCCUUCAACAAGAGAACACUUGUUCUAUUCCCUAAUGUGGAUGCAGGAAGCAAAGAGAUGGUUCGUGUGAUGAGGAAGAAGGGCAUUGAACACCAUCCCAAUUUUCGGGCAGUAAAGCAUGUCCCAUUUGACCAGUUCAUUCAGCUGGUUGCUCAUGCUGGUUGUAUGAUUGGUAACAGCAGCUGUGGUGUCAGAGAGGUGGGAGCGUUUGGUACACCUGUCAUUAACCUGGGGACACGUCAGACGGGAAGAGAAACUGGUGAAAAUGUUCUUCACGUUCGUGAUGCUGAUACACAGGAUAAGAUUCUGCAUGCUCUACAGCUUCAGUUUGGUAAGCAAUAUCCAUGCUCAAAAAUAUAUGGAGAUGGUAAUGCUGUUCCAAGGAUCUUGAAGUUCCUUAAAUCUAUUGACCUCAAAGAACCGUUGCAAAAGAAGUUCUGUUUUCCUCCUGUCAAAGAUAAUAUCUCUCAAGAUAUUGACCAUAUUCUAGAGACACAGAGUGCUCUGGCUGUGGAUCUAGGUGGAACAAAUCUCCGAGUAGCAAUUGUCAGUAUGAAGGGUGAAAUAGUUAAGAAGUAUACCCAGCUGAACCCUAAAACCUAUGAAGACAGACUGGAAUUAAUUCUAAAGAUGUGUGUAGAGGCUGCAUCAGAAGCAGUAAAUGUAAACUGCAGAAUUUUGGGAGUAGGUAUUUCCACAGGUGGACGUGUAAAUCCCCGAGAAGGAAUUGUGCUUCACUCUACGAAACUCAUUCAGGAGUGGAGCUCUGUGGAUCUCAGAACUCCAAUAUCUGAUGCUCUGCACCUGCCAGUCUGGGUGGACAAUGAUGGAAACUGUGCUGCUUUAGCAGAGAGGAAAUUUGGUCACGGAAAAGGAGUAGAAAAUUUUGUAACACUCAUUACUGGUACAGGAAUCGGAGGUGGAAUUGUUCAUCAGCAUGAGCUGAUCCAUGGCAGUUCUUUCUGUGCUGCUGAGCUUGGGCAUAUUGUCGUAUCUUUAGAUGGACCAGAGUGCCUGUGUGGUAGCCAAGGAUGUAUAGAAGCAUAUGCCUCAGGAAUAGCAUUACAGAGAGAAGCCAAGAAACUCCAUGAUGAUGAUCUGCUUUUAGUAGAAGGAAUGUCAAUGAAGAAGGAGGAGAUUGUUAGUGCUGCACAUCUUAUUCAAGCAGCUAAGCUUGGGAAUACAAAAGCAGAGAGCAUUCUCAGAACAGCUGGGACUGCAUUAGGCCUUGGAGUUGUGAAUGUUUUACACACCGUGAACCCCUCUCUUGUGAUCCUGUCUGGAGUUCUAGCUAACCACUAUGUUAAUGCUGUCAAAGACGUGAUAAACCGACAGGCUUUGUCCUCUGUUAAAACUGUGGAUGUGGUGGUCUCAAAUCUAGCAGAUCCUGCUCUUCUUGGAGCUGCUAGCCUGGUACUGGAUUAUACUACACGUAGAAUAUACUAGGUACCUGGAAUAAUCAUAGAAAUGGACUGUUCAAAUUCCUAAUGGGUGGAGGGAAUACUUUGCCCCAAAUUUUUCUUUGAUGAGAGCAGCUAAUGAAUCAGAGUAGUGUUCUGAGUAGUUAGUGACCACUUCAGCAUUUCCUAAUAGAAGUAUUAUCUUUCUGUAGUUUUCCUAAACUUCAUCUGACUUCAUAGGAAGUGAUGUGCAAUUCUGGUUUUUUAAGCACUUCUGUUGGUAAGCCUAUACGUUACUUUUGAGUGUAGCUGAAUUAUUUAUAAGCAUCUCUUGAUGUAUGGUGGGGAUUACAUGUAUGGUGUGUAAAAUUAUAGGUAACACUUGGGGAUCCAUAUCUCAUUUCCCACCUGUGUGAAAUGAGACGUUUACCAGCUUUUCAGGCUUCCACCCACAAAGUGAAUGUGAUGUAAUCACCAAUAGCAGGUAGUAAUUUUAGUGGGUGGAAACGAGGGAAGCAGCCUAUACAAUAAAAAAAGGCUACACCUCGAAAUUGUGGUUCAUGAAGGACUUGGUAGAGGCAACCAAGUUUUUUUUACAUCAUCUCUAAAGGGCAGAGUCCCAUUUUAGAAGCUUUGCAUAUGAAAGAAGACGACUACCGUCUAGUUAGCAUACAGCCUGCAGAGCAGUGCAAACAAACUCAUAAGUUAGCAUCUUUGUCUUCUGGCUAUGGCCAACAGUUAAUUGUUUUAAUUUUAUUCUUUGGGGAUUUCUCAAGGGACUUCAUCUACUACUUUGUCUGCCAAAUUAGCACAGAGGGGGGACUGCUUAUUCUUUGGUAGCAAGUUAGCUGAAAUUCAGCCACGUGGCACAUCUGAUGAUAAAAGACUACCUUUCAGGAAAACUCUUCCACUGCAGAGUGACAGGGUGUAUCCCUUCACCCAUUCUGGUGGCUGCAGGUACACUGUUCUUGUCCUGCAUUCACCGUCAGCUUUUAGGAUGAAAAGUCAAAUCUGACCCUCAUUUCACCCUCAGGGCAUUCAGAUGCCUGGGAAGAAAGUAAGUCAAAUACCAGUGAAGACUUGCCUAAGUAAACCAUGUUUUAUAUUUCUUUAACUAGCCCUUUGUGAUAUGUAGAUCCAGCUGCUUUUUUAGCACACUUUCAAAAUACUGGAGAAACUGAAAAACCAACCUGUCUAUCAGAAAGAUAGCUGUGGAGGAAUAGUCAUAAGACUGCCCUUUGUCCUGCAUUUAAUGGCCUGUUUUGACACCUAACUCAACCACUGAUAUUCUCAGAAGUCCAAUAAUGUGUUAGUACAUGAGAAUAAAAGGGGCUCUUUCGACACUUGAACUUCUUCUCCAACCAAAAUGAAACAACCUUCUGCAACCAUUACCUGCUGCUGUACAAUUAUCUUGGACUGGAUAGCUCUUAUUAUACUGGCUAAUUCUGGGAUGUUAUCUGUACGGAUUGUCUUCACUUCAUCCUCUCUUCCACAAGGAAUGCUCACUGAGAACUCACAUCUUCAGAGCAGAUUGCAGAACUGCCACCACCUUCCUGAUGUCUAGGAACAAUUGUGCAGCCUCUACACCAUAGUUUUUCUCAAAAUCAGCAAAUAUUGGUUCCAACUAUUUUCAACGUUUUAGUAGGCUUUAUGUCUACUAGGGAUUUUUAGUUCCUUUUCCUACAUGUCUUGGUUUACUUAGUGAUUCUCACUAACUUCAAUACCAUUAAGUCUAUCAGCAUUUCUCUACAGUGAGAGUAGCUCAGAUCAGGAGUAACAGCACUGAGGUUCUGACAGUGAGGAGGCCUGUCAUUUGAUCUUUCCAUCCUCUAGCAUCACAAGGGAUACCUGGGUGGAAUGCCUUGCUACAAGUGGGACCAGGCUUUUGCUUUCCAGACCCCCUGAAGCUCUGUAUUUUUGAUAUCUCAAACUCCAGAUAUGUUUUUCCCUGGCAGCUGAAGGGAGGGUGCAGGCAUAGAAAAAACACAAUAGAAUAAAACUCAUUGGAAAAGUUUUACUCCAAACACCUUUAACAUCUAUUCCUGUUAAAAAAAGGUUCUUAAAAUGCUUUUGAAAAUGUUUUUUCUGUCAACUGGCUGAGAACCUGCUGCAUAUGUACACACAGUGCAGAAGUCCCUGCAGUUUCUCCCUAAGAAGUUUGUGUGUUUAUAAAAUCAGAAAGAAUAAAAAAUCAUAUUUCAUAGCAUAAUA